AUGUUCAUAACAGGCUCCAUGUUCCCCUGGCGCCUCAACCGCAAAGCCGCCGCCCUCCGCGCCCGCCAGAACCCUCCACCCGCACCCACAUUCACCUACGACCGCAAAGCCCUCACGGCGCUCAUAACCCGGCACUACGCCCUCCUCAUCUCCACGGGCCACAUCCACCCCUCCGCCCUCCGCGAACCCCCCGAACCGUCCGGCUGGUCCGACGCAGACCUCAACGUCCCCGCCCUGCGCCUCCUCGGCCGGUCGGAGACGGUCAUCGAUUUGCUCAGACAUAUCCCGUACCCGCAAUCCUCCGAUGACGAUGACUCGGACGACGCGGUGGUUUGUUACUGCACCAUGGUCCAAUCCUACCUCCGCGCCGACUGGCGCCCGGAGGAGACCUUCCGCGAAGUACCGGACUGGCAUGCCAAACCGUUCUGCGAUCUGGGCCUGGCCCCCUUCGACGGGGCGAUGGCGCCGCAUCUGAUACAGCUGACGCGCGAGGAGGCCGAGAUCGGGACGAGUUGGGUGAUUGACACCGAGCGAGGAUGCAUCUACCCGCACGGCGGAGCCUACCUCUCCUACGGCGACGAGCCCCCUGAGGCGGCGGAAGAGAAGCCCUGGCUCCGGGCCAGGGCGGUGUCGUUCGCGGAGUACUUUGACAGGCUGUACGAGGACGUCAAGACGCUGAAGCUCGUGCCGGUGCCGGCGGCCGGGAAUUUCGGACAUGCCAUCUGCGAGGGGAGGGAUCCGGAGGCGAAGGCGAUCAAGAAGUUGUAUCGGGAGUACGGCUGGCCGGGUGCGUUUCGGAAAGAGGAGUUCUUGGUGGCUGCUGUUGAGCUUCGGAGGACUAUCUUGGAUGAUACGUAUGACUGGUCGGACGCGGAAUGA